AUGCAAAUGGAUGAAGAAAAUUAAGGAUUAGUACAUCAAGAUGUGAAGAAACCUAAGGAUCCUGAAACACGUGGCAUUCUCUCCACCAUUUGUUACAUAAUCCAACUAGUCAUACUCAUCUUAUUGGUUUUCUUGGUUUUCAAAUCCCUUAGAUUUAAUAGUUGUAAUGUGAAUGAAACAGAAAAUAUAGAUGAUAUUGAUAAUGCUGUGGUUUUGGAUAAAGAAGAUUAAGACAUCAUGCAAUUCUUGACUAGUCCUGAAGAUGUUACUCAAUUUGAUAACAUCAUGCCAGAACCAGAAGAAGAACAAUUCGAAGAAUUAAUAUUCGAAGCUGAACCAUGGAAUGAAGGACAAUUGUAAGGAUGGCAAUAUAAGAAUGGCUUAACUUUGAUUGUCUAAGAAAAAUAAGUGGAAAUAGCUACUUUGUAAUUUGUCAUCUACCAUGGUUAUCAUGAUGACGAAUACAAUACAUUAUUCAUGCGUUUGUUAUUGAAGUAGUAGUGUUCCUAAGCACAAUUGAUUGAAAGAGCAUACAUGAGUACUGUGACUAUUCACCUUAAAAACGAAUAAAUGGAAACUUGCAUAAGAAAGUUCGCUGAUUCACUUGUGAGAGAAUACACCUAAGAUGAUUUGGAUAAUAUUAAUAGCGAAUCAAUUUAAACGAGCGACAUUGAUCUCAUUUCCAAAAUAGACAGAGUCUUAGAUGCAAUAUCAUUAAAUAAUGAAAUCAUGACUGAACCCAUCCAGAUUCAAGAUUUGCAGAAUUACAUCGAAUUAAUAUUGGUUUCCAAUCCACUUAGGUUGACAAUAGAAUCUGCGCUUUCAAACUAAGAAAUCUAUAUGCUUGUCUCAGAUACUUAAUUAUUGCAAAAAGAAUUUGGAACUUCCAUAAUUGACUCUUGGGAUCUAGAGCCAAUUCUAUAUAAUCAAAUUAGAAUCAAUUCCAAUUAAACAUCCACUAUUUUAAUAUACCCAGCAAAACAAGACGAGUUUUUUAAGCAUUUAUUAUUGCAGAAAACACAAAACUCUUUACAAACCAUUCUCAAGUGCUAAUUCGAAAUUCUAGAUUUUGAUUUCUUGGCAAUUAACAUUUAAGAUUGUGAUGUAGAUAGUAUAACAUUGGCUAAUGCAAUUUACAAUUUCGGAUCAUUUCUAAAAAGAUAGAAUGAAAAGACAUUAUUAAAUUGUCAUAAAGACUUUUACAACUUAUAAAUCCUCUAUUAAAAAUAUGUUGAAGAUAAGGAAUUCUCUAAGAAAGAUCUAAAUGCUAUUAUUGAUAAUAUUUAAUCAGGAGUCAUUAUUAUAUAAUAGGGGUAAUUUAUCUAUCAAGAAUUAAAGACUUUGAACAAAGAUGAUUUCUUAAGCUCCAAUUUUGUUAAUAAAAAAGUACAAUCAAUCGAAUAUUCCAAUAUUUUGUUAGAUUAUACUAUUGUCUCAAACAUAGUUGAAUAAUUAAUUUCAUAGCUUAAGUUACCCAAUCUCUCCCAAUACAUCCCCCUUGAAUUACCAAAUUACAAUUUUUAUACAACUAAUUAAAUUGAACCAAUUAACAUAACGUUAUAGGAACCCUAACUUAAGAGUGAUUCUCCAAAUGAUAUAGAACCCCUUUAUAAGCCUUUAAUUCCUUACGUUCCGUUAGACUUAGACCAAUCUUAAAAAAAUUUCUUAAUUCCAAUCUUAACACCAAUAUAGAUUUCUUAAGAAUUGUGGUGGCAAUACGAUAACCAUACUAAUAGAGUUUUUCUCGGAAUCUUAUUCUACAAACCGAUUAAUGGUUUUAGCAUUGCAAAAUCAAAGGCUAUUUUAAAGGUUGCCUAAAUGUAUAUUGAACAAUCAAACUUAGACGCCAUUUCAGCUGGUUUCAACUUUUAAGUAGAAAGUAGUUUUAAAGGUCUCUCGUUUAUGUUGUCAGGAUGGAGUCUAACAUUUGAAGCAGUAAAAAACUAAGUUCUAUCAAAUAUCAAAGAGAUAAAGGACGAAUCUAAAUUCUCAAGCAUAAAAGAAGAUUUAAGAAAUUAGUUUUAAGAAUACUAUUUUUAAAAAACUCAAUUCUACUUAGUUCAAUAUUGGCUACCUAAAUUAAUGUUGAGACCUGUUAAUGAUCCUGCAGAUAUAAUAAGAGAAUUCCAGGAUCUAAAGUUUUCUGAGUUCUCGCAAUUUUUAACUGAUAUGUUUUCAGACAUAAAGUAUACAGCAUUUGUAAGUGGGAACAUUGACAUUCAGAAUGCAAAAUAGUUGGUUUAAGAUUACCAUCCUAAUGAUAUUGAAACCAUCACAAAAACAUUACAAAUAGAUAAGAAUUUGAUUCACAUAAUCAAAUUGCCAGCCAAGUAGAAACAAAAUGCUGUUGUAAAAUACUUUUCUGUCGGAAAAAGAGAUUUUCUAACAACAGCAGCUUUUGCUAUUGUUUUAGUUUUAAAAGUAUUUGGUUGUGUAGAUGGAUUACUAUUCUACUAUUAAGGUACUGAUAGUGUCAUAAAAUUAAAUGAAUAAAUUUAACAAUUAAUUGAAUAACAGAGAUUCGAUUUGAAUAAUUUGAAAGAUCGAUUGAUAUUACAUUACUAAAAUAAUGAUGAGUUUUUAUGGGAUAAGAUCUAUAAUAGAAACUACGCAUUUAAUGAAAUCAAUGAGGUUAAGAAUUAGAUUGAGAAUGUACAAAUAAGUGAUUUCCAAGGAAUACUUCAGUCAGAAACGUUGAGCAUUUUUGGAGUCACAGAGAGUUCCAAAAUUCCAAACAUCCCUUCUGGAUAAAAUGAUUACUCAAAGUAAAAAGAUAAAUCAUAUUUUGAAUGUGCCUAUUAGUAUCAGUCCUAAUGA